AUGUCCAGCCUUGAAAACCUUAAAUCUCAAGGACCCUCAGAAAUAGAAGGCAUCCAAUCCCUUCUUCAAGUAGCUGAAGGUAAAUCCUAAAAAGAGCUUUUGUUUUCAUUUCCCCUCCCAACAGAAAUCGUCACAAAAUACGACACAAUGCGCAGCAAAUAUUUCCAAAAACUAGGAAUUUCGUCCUCAUCUUCCCACAUUUGAAAGCUCCAGCGAGAUGCUCAUGCUAAAAGUCGCUCCAAAAGUCCAAUUCCUGAUAGAAACACAAAAUCUUUUGACUCAAUAAAAAUUGAGCUAGAGUCCCGAAUUGACAAAAGCUAUUUACUAAUCUCGAAAUAUAAAAAAUUAGUAGAAGAUGUGAUGUAUUACCAAGAUAAACUAAAUCUGCAAGCAGGGUUGAUUGCAGAAAGAUCGAAUAGGCCCAGAAGCCAAAGUCCGUUAAAAUCAAGCCUGGGAUCGAACCAAUAUGACCAAACUUUGAGGGUUUUUGACUUAGGAAGCUCUUCGUUACAAAAAUACCAAAUCAUUGAGAGCGAAGAAGAGUCAAGUUUUGAGGCUUUAAAGCAGCAAUUUAAUGAAAAAAGUAGACAAUCGUUUAUUAUUAUGGAUGAUGUACGAAAUCUAUUUGCGAAACAGGUAGCUACUAUUUCUGGAUAUGAAGAUAGUAUUAAAAAAUUAUCGAAAAGAGAGAACUCUGAUAGAGAAGACUUCGAAAAUAAGUUUAACCUGCUAGCAUUGAAAUAUAACCAAACUAAGGAAGAAUAUGAGGUUAAAAUCAAACAAUUAAGAGAAGAAGCAUAUAGCACAAGACAAAAUUACUUAGAAGAAGCAAGAAAAUCGCACAUAAAAGAUAUUGAAAAACUAAUGCAAGAACGAGACCAAUAUAAAGAAAAAGCUGAGCAGCUUCAACAGCAAUACGACAGUGUGAAAUUUUCGUUAAUGGAAGAAAUCAAUCGAAUCAAUUACUCAUAUUCCAAGGAAAUCGAAACCUUAACACAAAAAUGUACCCACGAAAUCAAAGACAACGACAGUGCCUAUCAAUCAGAAAUAAACGCACUAAAAAAUAAGCAAAAAAUCCGCGAAGAAGAGCUCCUGCAUAAGCUUGAAUCAAUUGCAGAAGAAGAUGCCAAAACUAUUCAAGCGCUCAGAGAAAGCUUAGACAAUCACAUUCGGUCAGAAGAAGAAUUAAAAACUAUGAUCCGGACUAUAGGUGAAAUCUCUCAUGGGAUUUAUUGAAAAUAUGGACGCAGUGAUGAAGAGCAGGCAAAUAGAAGAGAAAAUAUAUAUGAAAAAUUCUCCUAUUAUGGAGUUUGUGAGUUUACCGAUGUGCUUGUAGAAAUUGACUAUUUAGGCUAUUUAAUUGGCAAGCUAAGCACAGAUAAUAACUGGCUUGUGGAUAGACUAGGAGAUUUUGGGAAAGAAAAUGACACGCUAAAAGCUGCUAUAUACUCAAAAACUCCAACCCCUAAGAAAAUUAGGGAAGAUGCUCAUAGGAAAACCCAUUCAGAGCUGAAAUCUACAAGCAAGGCUAUGAAAGAGUUUGAAGACGCAAGAGAUAAACUGAUAGAAAAAAUGAAUAUUUCUGAAGGACCAAGAAAAGAACCGUCUAGUGUUACAAAAUUGUAUAAAAAAUAUAUUGGAGAUAGAGGAAGGUCACAAAGUUUUGUUAGAGGAGAGUAA